AGCUUUCUCCAUUUCUCUCAACCUUUUUUUGCCGCCUCUUUAAAGCCCUUAUUCACAUGCAGCUCCAAAUGCUUUCCAACCCUCGGUUCCUUGUUAACCCGAAUCGGAACUCUUCUCUCCCUUCUUUCUCUUCUCCUUUCCUUUCUCCUUCCAACAAUCUCACCAACUUCUCUUCAAUUUUUCGUUCGCCUCCCAAUCUACUCUCAGCUUCUCUACAAUCCAAAGUCCUCACCUCCGCAAGGAUGUCUUCCAAGUCUGCACUUUCCAAUAAUGCUCAAUCUGUUGAGUUAGGGCUCGACGAUUGUCAGCUCGAUCGCUUCGCAGCUGUUGCUAACCAGCUGGCCGACGCCGCCGGCCAAGUUAUCCGCCAGUACUUCCGAAAGAGCUUCGAAAUCCUCGAUAAAGAGGAUUUAAGUCCUGUUACAAUUGCUGAUCAAGCAGCUGAAGAGGCAAUGGUCAGGAUUAUACAAGAGAACUUUCCUUUCCAUGCAAUUUAUGGAGAAGAGAAGGGUUGGAGGUGUAAGGAGAAAGUUGCGGACUAUGUUUGGGUAUUGGAUCCAAUUGAUGGAACAAAGAGCUUCAUCACAGGAAAACCAUUAUUUGGGACUCUUAUUGCUCUAUUAUACCAAGGAAAACCGGUUCUUGGCAUAAUUGAUCAGCCUAUUUUGAGAGAGAGAUGGGUUGGAUUAAAUGGGAGGAAAACUACUUUAAAUGGACAAGAUAUUUCUACACGUGGCUGUGCAAAACUCUCACAAGCUUAUCUGUACACAACCAGCCCACAUCUAUUCAAUGGAGAUGCUGAGAUGGCUUUUGCUCGAGUCAGGGAUAAGGUGAAAGUUCCUUUAUAUGGUUGCGACUGUUAUGCCUAUGCCCUAUUAGCCACUGGUUUUGUUGAUCUCGUGAUCGAAUCUGGCCUAAGGCCUUAUGAUUUUCUUUCACUCAUCCCGGUGAUAGAGGGUGCCGGUGGAAUUCUAACUGAUUGGAAAGGACGUGAACUUGACUGGAAGGCAUCUGCUGAUUCUCAUGCAGGAAGUUUUAAUGUAGUGGCAGCUGGGGACAAGCAGCUACACCUGCAAGCUCUGGAUGCACUACGAUGGCCUUAACUUAUGCUGAGCGAAAAGGAUAGGAAUAGGGCCCUAUUUGCCAAGGGGGGCCGUUUUAUUUCUUUAACGUAUUUUGUAUUGGUAGAAGAUGGCUAAGGCUUUGGUCAUUGCAAUGGCUAUGGCCUGAAGACGGAUCAUGUAGGGGACCGAUCAUCUACCGUUCGCGCAGGGCUUCCUUCUGCCAAUUGGUAAACAUCACGGAGGAUGGAUAACUCUAGAUCUCGUCCUUAUUAUGCUCAGACGCUGAGCAUUAGUAGUAAUUGAGCGUGUAUCUAUCAAUGACUCAAUAUGGCUAUGACUUCCAACUGCUUUUGUUCGUCCUCUUGUACCCCGUGCAAUUAGUAAUAAAAAUUGUGAGUUGUGUCAA